AUGUCACGUAAAUCAGGAAGAAGAGGAUAUAAUUCGGAUACUAGUACUGCAAGCAAUCGAGGGAGUGGAAGUAGAGAACCACGAGAAGAAGAAAUUGUUGAUUUGGAAGAAGAAGAAGAAGAGGAAGAGGACUUGAUUGAAGAAGAAGGAGGAGAAGACGAAGAAGAUGAGAUUACUCGUUGUAUUUGUGGACAAGACGAAUUAACUAACGAUUCCAUUAAUCCUGAAUUAUCGACUUUUUUGAAAAGAACAUACAAAAUAGAAAUAGAUCAAGGUUUAUUUAUUCAAUGUGAGAAAUGUUCAGUUUGGCAACACGGAUAUUGUGUGGGAUUAUUUGAAAGUCAUGAUGUACCCGAUGAAUAUUGGUGUGAAUCAUGUAAACCAGAAUUCCACAUCCUUGUCAAUAAUGAUGGAUAUUCGAAAAGAACAUUAUAUAAGCCGGUCAAUGAUAAAAGGAAGAAACUUGAACAAAUGACUUUCAAAAACAAUGAAACAAGCCAUAGUACAAGGAGAAGAGGAGGUAAAAAUGAACGAAACACCCCACAACAAGACACAAGUUCUAAUAUCAAGGAUAAACGGAAAGAACGAAGACACCAUCAUCACCACCAUAACAUUGAUGAAGAUGACGAUGAAUACAAUGAACAAUUGAAAAGAGCAUUAAGGGAAAGUGCCCGAGAAUCAGGGGUCAAAUUAAGUGAAUCAGAAUCAAAUGAAAGGGGCAAUGGGAAUUCAGUUAAAAGGGAGGACAAUAAGAGUGAUGGGAAUAAUAGUAGUGGCAGAGAAGGUUCAAGAGGUAAUGGAUCAAGGAAAAGAGAGACCAGUCGGAGAGAAAAUGCCGAUAAUAGCGAUUCAAAACGUCUUAAAGUUGAACAAUCUGAUCAUCCUAGUGGUUCAGAGUUGAAUGAGAAUUCAGAACAAGAACUUGGGUCAGGAAGUGAGGGGUCUAGAAGUAAAAGAAGGGGUGUGGCUGGCGCUGGUGCAGGUGCUGGUAGUACGAAAACCACUAGGAAAAAGAAGAGUACACCACCAAGACUGUCCACAAACAAUAAUAAUAAUAACAACAAAAAGCAAGAUGAUUCAUCUAAUGAAACCAAUUCAUUGGGACCAACUAAAGAAGAAUUAAUUCAACAACCAUCUAAACCACGUUAUGUAAAUGAUAAAUCUUCGAUUUUUGAAUUACGGAAAAGAACAAUAGCAAUAUUAGAAUGGCUUGGUCGUUCUCAAGUUGAACUUCAGGAAGAAAAGCAACAAAAAUUAGAAUUAUUUUCAUUUAUAAGUGAUGAUGAUGAAAAAGAAGGAUCAUCAAAUUCUUCUAAAGAAAAUGCUAAUGCUGAUGCCCUUGCAUUAAAAGAAACAUUUGAUGAGAAUUUACUACUAAUGGAACAACUUACAGAACGAAUCUUAGCAUGGCAAGAUACAUUUGGUAAAUAUGCUGUUUAG